GUAGGGUUUCUGCUCUUUAGCCAUGUGUUUAUACCGGUGGUAGAAAAACAUUUACGUGGAGUCCGCAGUACGAAUAACAUCUGUAGGAACAUCAGCUUAAACAUGGAGCCUUCGUCAUCAUCAUCAGCAGCAGCAGGAGCAACAUGCAACAGAAAGAAAAGAAAGAACAACUCCCCCACAGCACACGAGGAUGCCAAAAGAUUAAAAACUGGUCAGGAAAGUGAGGAGACACUGGAGUGUGGACCUUCCUCCUGCUCACCGAGGAUCUCUGUGCUGCUCGACCGCCUUCGACAACCCAUUACACAGAAUGAGCUGACAGAGCUGCUGCAUUAUGCAGCUCUCGGGAAAACAGGUGGCAUUAAACAGCCCAGUUGGUGUCGUCUCCACCAUCAGAAGAGCAUUAAAGCUGUAAAUGUGGUGAUCAUUGAGGGCCUGACCCAGGGCCACUUUUACAAACAUUACCUCACCCUGCGACACCUCAGGACCAACUACACCACUAGGAUGACUUUUACUCCAUCAUCUACUGAUGUGGUGUCAGGAAUUUUCGGCAGUGAAGUUCCUAAAUCAGAUGGUCUGUUUCAUUCCCAAAGACACAGUGAAAGCAGUGAAUUGCACAAAGCACUGACAAUUCAUCCAAUAAUCACCAAGUUUGGGACAAAGAGGAGAGGACUGACUGCUUAUGUUCUUACCCAGGAGGAGAUGAUCAAGAGACACUACCCUGUCAAAGGAAUGCCAGGCUUUGAGGACUUUGCGUGCACAGAGAGUGUUGACUGCGUGACCGACAGCAGCCCUCUGUAUGGGCUCGACUGUGAAAUGUGUCUAACAAAGACGGGAAAUGAGUUGGCUCGUGUCUCUCUGGUGGACAGUGAUGGGAACUGUGUGAUGGAUGAGCUGGUCAAACCUCAGAACCGAAUCCUCAACUACCUCACCAGGUUCUCUGGUAUAACUGCAGCAAUGUUGCGACCAAUCACAACCACCCUGCGGGACGUUCAGGUGAAGCUCAGGACGCUGUUGCCGAAGGAUGCGGUUCUAGUGGGGCAUUCACUUGACAAUGACCUCAUGGCUCUGAAACUGAUCCACCAGCAUGUCAUCGACACCUCGCUGCUGUAUAGGAGAGAGUUCGGACAGAGGUUUAAGCUGAAGGUCCUGGCUGAGACAGUGCUGAAGAGGCAAAUACAAACUGAAGAAAAGAGUGGACAUAAUCCCAUUGAGGAUGCUGUGGCAGCACUGGAGCUGGCUCAGUACUUUAUUAGAACAGGACCUCGUCAGGUUGUAGAACUUCAUCUGGAGGAGCUAUGGGGAUAUACGAUCACAGAGGAGUGCACUGAUUGUGCACCUGCACCCACACCGAGUCACAGGUUUUCCGACAUCCUACAGACACUUGGCCGGUCUGUAGCCUUUAUAGGAAAACGCUCUGAAAUCACCCUGGAUCUGUCCAAUCAGCUGUGGUACAACUCUGAUAAAGAGGUGAUGGCCUCUUUCAGAAGACAGUCCAAGUGUCCGUUCCUCUCAGUGCUCCAGUUUUCCUCCCUCUCAGACCAUCUUAAAAAGUGCCUCCCUUAUCAGGAGCAGCAGAACCACAGGGUGUGUGCAAACCUUCGAGAUAUGUGUGUAGUGUUUGCCGGCCCGUUCCCUGCAGGUUUCUCGGAGAGAGAAGUGAGGCGGCUGUUUUGUUGCUGUGGACCGGUUCGGAAAACCAAAAUACUUAACACAGCUGUCAGGGUUCAUGCAGAGGUAGAGUUUGAGCUGCUUGAGGGAGCUAUGCUGGCUUUAAAAAUUCUGAAUGGAGUUAAUGUGCAAGGACAGUCUAUCAAAGUCCAGAGGCCUGUUUACGAGUCAAUGCUGGACUUGGAUCUGACUCUUGAUGCUUUGAUGGAUGACAGUUUUAACGCCAGUCAACUCUAUGCAGUCAAAGUAAAGCCCAGUAUGCUUGAGAGGAUGCACAUUCCUGCGAGGGUCAAUGGACACACGUCAGAUGGAAAAUGCUCAGGCGUUACUUCUGUUACAACAGUGGACAGUUUUCCCUCAGCUCAAGUAAACGGUCAACAGUUGCAGCCCGCGACUACCACAAAGUCCAAACUGUCUGAGGAGACGGUCAGAGAGACAUUCUGUCACUUUGGUACGGUGGAGAGAGUCGUCCUCCCUGCCGAGCAUGGAAAACAUGCAAAACAUGCAUACAUAAAGUUUGAGAGCUCAGAGGGCAAACACAUGGCCCUCAGCUCCUCUAAGAGUCUUCUUAAGGAAAAAUACCUCAUCUGUCCAUCUCUAACUCCAACCCAUUUACCCUCAUGGGUUGCCAUGACAACACCAAUGAAAACAGUGGAUCCUGACGAGGAAGCAGCAGAGGAUGAAGACAGGACCCACAUGCAUACCAGUUCUCAGGACCACGAAAUGGGUCUCAUGAUGGGGAAGUUGGACCGCCGCCUGCGGACGCUCUUUAGAUCUCUCCCAGACGGCACCUUGUCUGUGGUCGUGCUGCUCGGACACACCAGUGCUCACAGCCAACUUCCUGGUUUGUGCCUUAUGGAGGUCAAGCAAAGCAGCUGAGGACAGAGAGCUGGUCCUCUGUGAAUGGCUGCUGCCUAGUUUGGCAGUAAUUUACAAGCAGUGAUUGACAUGAUUGACAGCUGCUUUUAGAGACUCCUCAGUUCAGAUUGAAUGUUUUCCUUCAGCUAUGUGGAUUCUUUUUUUACAGAUUAUAUCAAUGUGUGGAUAUUGAUUGUUCGGAUAUAGUGACAGUUUCAGCAAAUAUGACAAAAGAUCAUUUUGAUAAAAGUACCCAACUGUACCUUUUAUGAUGGCUCUGUAGUUUUCUGCUCUGAAGUAGCUGUCCCAGUAAGCCAGCAUGGACAACAGAACGGUGAAGUAAUGAUUCCAAAAUACGGAAGUUC